AUAUUUUUUUAGUUCUAGUUUUUCUGCGAACUUGUGGCUAUACCCACAAAACCAUUACUAAUAUAUGUAUUAGUAACGUAGUGGUUUUUUCACACUGAAAGAUCUAUUAUAAAGAAUGGAGAGAUAUUUAACAAAUUUUAAUUAAUUUAUUAAAUUUAAUUUCUUGGCAUACUAAACAAGCCCCUCAUUACUCCUCAUUGUUAGAUUUAAAAUAUGUAUUGAAUAGUAAUAAGAAUUAUAGUAUGACGCUAACUCUUUUAAAAUUAGCACUCUAACUCAUCCCAUGAUUACCGCUUAAUCAGUUAGUUUAAAAUGCGUCGGUCAUUCAAUGACAACAAAACAUAAGUGGGGCGAUAGCUGAAAGAUUAAAGUUUUCUUGGAGGAAGGACAUAGAAUUGAUGAGCUGUACAUAAACUGCCAUAGCUAUAAUAAUGAACUAUGAAGAUGUCGAGCACAAGCAUGGACUUCAAACAUCUUUUGAACCUUGAUUUAGAGGUUAUCAAUUCACAUGUAUAUAGGGAGUCGAAUUCUGCCGCCGAUUACCUUAAUAAUAUGUGUUUUUUGCUGCCAUUUUUUCUACACAUUUCUUCGAUGUGUGCGACCCAUGACUUAGACUUAGAUACUGACUCUACUAAUAAUAUAAUGAUUAUUUUCCGAGAACAAAAUUUAUCAUAUAUGAAUUACUGCUCUAAAAGGUGGGUUCUUCUCUCCGUUUGUUUCUGUUCGGCGAAUUGGUUUUUGGUUGUGUAGGGUUUGUUUUCGUGGCAGCAUGGGUUUCGCGAGGGUUUAUUGGCGUUUGGUAGCGUGAAGGUUUAUUGGAGUUUGGCUCGUGGGUUUUAUUAUCACUUUUGGCUGAGUGGGUUUUUGGUUAUCACAUCGUGGUUUGUUAAGGUUUGGCUGUUGGAUUUUCUUGCUAGCUCUGUGUCUGUCGCUAGCUGGAUUUUGUCGCUAGCUGUCCGUCUGCUGCUCACUUUUUUAGGCUAUUGCUUGCUUCCCGCGGUGGGUUUUUGCUCUUCGUCUGUGUGUACGAUGGAUUCCUCUCGGGCAGAUUUGACAUCGAUCUGGUUUGAUGGCACUAACUUUGCCAUAUGGGAAUUUCAGUUUCGGAAUUUUGUAGCUUGACUUCUUCCCAUAUUGACUGGUGAGCUCAAGGAGCCGACGACUGGUGCAGCGGCGAAGGAUGUUGAGGAUUGGAUGGCGGCCAAUGCCCAACUCAUCACAUGGUUGGUUGGUUCUAUUGACAUUUCCACCGCUCUUAGUUUACGUCGGUUCACCAAGACACAUGAUAUGUGGACGCACAUAUGUCGUACCUAUGCUCAGAAUAGUGCGUCUCGGCAAUUUGAUUUGGAGACUGCGGUUACUAUCAGGCUUGUCUCCAUCUCUGGACUGGGUAUGAUCUAUUGAUUGCGUCUUUGGUUCCCGAUGCCGCUUCUGAGGCAGUUAUUGCGCAGCGUGCUCGUACACGUGUUCUUAAGUUUUUGGCUAAAAUCCAGUCUAAAUAUGAGCACAUUCGUGCCUUGUUGAUUCAUCGGGGUGUUACCAAUAUUGAUGAUGUAGUGGCUGAGCUCAUGCGGAAGGAGACGCGGCUUAAAAGCCAGUCCCAAAUCGAUCAUCCGACCUCUCUCUCGGAAUCGGCUUUUGUUGUUGGCCAACCAGCAGCAACAUCUCGUCCUCAAUUCGUCCAUCCCAGCUCGGGUGAGGUCAUCUGUCAUUUUUGUCGCGAUUCUGGGCAUGUUCAGAUUCACUGCAAGAAGAUGAAUUUUUGUAACUAUUGUAAGAGGACGGGGCACAUUGUUUUGGCUUGCCCAACAUUGAGCAAGAAAGGUCGUCUACGUCCUGCUCAUUCUGGCCAUUCCUGGUCGCAUGGGGCUGCCUACCUGGUCACUCUAAGCUCGCAUAAUGUCAGGGAUACUGCUAGGUUGAGAGCUGAGGCCUCAUCUCAGCCAAUCUGAUUCAACGUAUGGUUCAAGAGGCGCUCCAGGCUGCUCUUUCCUCCGUCUUUGCCACGAAUCCUGCGUCUGGCAAGUUUUUACGGCUUUUAGACUCCGCUAUGUUUAACUACAUGACUCCUGAUCGCAAUGUCUUUCAAGAUUUACGUUAUGUUACAUCUACACGUUUGCAAGUUGCCUAUGGUGAGAAAAUAUCAAUUUCUUGAUAGGGUUCUGCCCACAUGACCUCAACCACUCUUCCUGACACUUUAUAUGCCCUAAACAUCAUCCCAAUCUGAUCUUGGUGGGAUAGCUAACCGAUGAAGGCUAUAGUGUCAAAUUUGACUAUACUGGUUGUGUUGUACAGGAGCAGAUGUCGGGGAAGGUGAUCGGGAGAGGCAGUUAGCAUGGUCGGCCGUUUGUACUUGAUGACUUUUGUGGGCAGGACAUGAACGCUAUAUCGGACGGCAGGAAGAGUGAAGGCAGUCGGGCUUCUCUUGGUGGGAAUGGGGAUGGGUGUCAUGGGCGUUUAUGUAAGGGUGAUGACAUUUUGUCUGCAUCUGGAAAUUUAUGGGAUUUGCGGCACAGUCGGGUUGGUCAUCCUCAUUCUAAGAGGUUGAAGGUUAUGUUUAAACAAAAUUUGUUGCCAGAU